AUGUAUGAGCAGCACGAGCAGCUGCCAAGCAGCAGCAGCAGCAGCAGAUUGGCAGACUUGGGGUUAGCUAGUUUCCGGAGGAGAACCGAUGAACUCUUGGCUGCCUCCCCAAGAGCAGCAGCACCUGCAGCAGCAGCACCUGCAGCAGCAGCACCUGCAGCAGCAGCAGCAACUGCAGCUGCAGAAGAAAGGGUUUCGUCAUUAAUACAGGAGAAGGAGACUAUGCAGCAAACACAAGGAGGGGUAUCUGCUGUUGCUGCAGCUGCUGCAUCUGCUGCAGGUGCUGUCUUUGACAGCCACGUGAAGGACCGGGCGAUGGAGAUGCUGCUGCUGCUUAAAGAAGACCCACAGCCGCCGCAGCAGCAGCAACUGCUUCUGCAGCAGCAAUUGCAGCAGCAGCAGCAGCAGCAGCAGCCGCAGCAAGCCCUGCGUGGUAGGAAACUGCAUGCAAAACUGCAGCAGCAGCUGCGAAAGAGGGCAAAAAGUGCUGCUGUGCGGUGUCGCCGUGGUGUACACCUCCACAGCAGCAGCAGCAGCAGCAGCAGCACGAGCAGCAGCAGCAGCAGCAGCGGGUACAGCAGCGACAGCAGCAGCCGCAGCAAGGGAGGGAAGCAGCAGCAUUGCAGCAACUGCAUGCUGCUGCAGCAGCAACUGCAGCUAGAGAAGCUGCGAAGGAGAGAGGGAGACAAAGAAGCAAAACAACUAUUUAUUCGUGUUGCUGCUCAGGUAUCAGCAUUAAGUGGAGAAGCCCGAGAAGCUGCUGCUGCUGCUGCUGCAGCGGCGGCCACGGCUUCAUACAACAAGCAGCAGGAGCUGCUGCAGCAACAGCAGCAACUGCUGCAGGAGGAGAGGCAAAGAUCUGCUGCCUUGCAGGAGCAGCUCCUCUUGCUGCAGUCUGAAGUUGACAGGCUGCGGCAAUUGCUGCAGCAGCAGCAGCAGCAGGUUGGUUCCCAGGAGCCGCAGCAGCAGCAGCAACAGCUGCAACACAUAAAGGAGCAGGAGGAGAAGCAACAGCAGCAAAUGCUGCUGCUGCUGCAGAAACACUCUGCUUCUUUAGUUGAUCAGCUCUUAGGACAGGUCGAUCCCCUGCUGCAGUUGUCGCUGCUGCGGGUAGAGCGCUUGGGGCUGCAGCUGCAGCAGCUGCAGCAGCAGCAAGGCAGGCAGAAGCAGCGACACCAGCUGCUGCAGCACCAGCUGCUGCAGCACCAGCUGCUGCAGCACCAACAGCUGCAGCACCAACAGCUGCAGCAGUUGCCACUGAAGACCUGGUCUUCCGUUAGUCGAGAAUCAAACAUGCAUCAGGAGCACCAGCAGCAGCAACCGCAGCCGCAGCCGCUGCUGCAGCAGCAGCCGCAGCCGCUGCUGCAGCAGCAGGACUGGCAGCGACAAGUGCUGCUGGCUGGCAGAAGCGGCGAAACCAGCAGCAGCACAAAUGGGCUGUGGGGAAGGCAGGAGCAGAUAGAUGUGCUGCUGCGGCCUCUGGCUGCUAGCAAUCUGCAGCAGCAGCAGCAGCAACAACAACAGCAGCAGCGGCAGCACGCAUUACUGGUUUCGGGGAGUGUGGGGUUGUCCGCAGCUCCUCGUUAUGAUGGCUACCUUGCUGCUGCUGCUCCGUGUGUGUCAGUGCCCUCACCAGGUCCUUCCUGCAGCAGCAGCUUGCUGCCUCCUGCUGUUGCUUUUGCUCGUGCUGCUGCUGCUGCUGAGGGGGUACUGGAAGGGCGUCCUGCAACAGAGGUGCGGCGCUGCUGCGGCUGCUGCAGCGGCAGCAGCAGCCGCAGCAGCAAAGGGCUGCUGCCCCACACCCAAGAGAAUUCUUUCCAGCGAUCGUCUCUCCUCUCAAAUGCAAGUGUGGGCAAACCGCGCCCGCUGUCUGCUGCUGCUGCUGUUCCUGCUGCUGCUGCUGCUGCUGCAGCUCCUGUUGCAGCACCUGCUGCUCCUGCUGCUGCUGCAACUGCUACAAAGAGUGUGUGUGGACACUGGAUUUCUGCAGCAGCUGGGCUGCCUGCAUGCGCUGCUGCGUCUCCUCUUCUUCAAGGGAGACAGGAGCAGCAGCAUAUACUGCCGUCAGAUGUCCCCUUGAGGUCAGUGUCUCCUUGCUGCUCAGCUGUCUCUGCUGCUGAGAGGAGACACUUCGUAGGAACACCAACAGCAGCAGCAGCAGCAGCAGCAGCACCACUAGCAACACCAGGGUCCUGGGGAUUGCCCCUGCCGCCUCCUGUUCCUGCUGCUGCUGUUGGAAUCCGAAGGGAAAUAGAUCAACUGCUGCUGCUGCAGCAGCACCAGCAGCAGCCUGAGCAGCAGCAUCAGCAGCAGCAUCAGCAACACGACCUGAGACAGCAGCAAUCUGCAGAGACCGCUGAGCCGCAACAGCAACACUGUGGCCCCUCUCCGGCUGUUGUAGCAGCAGCACAACAACAGGGAGGAAGCGCAAUGGCUGCUGCUGAUGCUGCUGCUGUUGCGCAGCAGCAACAGCAAGAGCAGACUUCAGAUCACUGGAUGUCCGCGCAACCAGGGCUGCUCCAAGGCACCCGAGAAGGGGUAGGCAUUCAUCAUCAUCAUCAUCAGCAGCAGCAGCAACAAGAACAACAGCAGCAGCAGCAGCAGCAUCAGCACCACCAUCCGCACCAACACCAGCAUCACCAUCAUCACUAUCAUCAUCACGAGCAGCAGCAGCAGCAGCAGCAGCAGCAAGCUUCCGAGUUGCGGUACAAGACAGUAGAGGGUCUCUUUGAUGAUUUAACUUUAACAAGGAGGGAGGAGAAGGAGGAAAGGGGACAGCAACAGGAAGGUAUGGAGGAGACAGCAGGACACUGGCGGGAACUGCGUGCUGCUGCAGGAGAUUUGCUGCAGCAGCAAGACAACUGCAGCAAGCCACCGCAGCAGCAGCAGCUAGCACAGAGCUGCGGUGCCUCUACUCUGUCUGCUGAUCUGAAGCAGCUGUCCCUCCUUGAGGUGCCGCUGCAGCAGCUGCUGCAGGAUCAAGAGGUCUUGCUGCAGCGGCUCGACAGAGCUUACGAGGCAACUGCAGCAGCAGCAGCAGCUCCUUCUCCUACUGCUGCUGAGCGCGACAGCAGCCGACGUCCCAUAACAAAGGACAAGAAAAAGGGGACUUAA